AUGUCCACCAUUGCUGCUGCUCUUUCACUUCCAAUUUCUUCAUGUCGUUCAUCCAAAUUUUACACCAAAAGGGUUGUUAAGGGACGCUUUAGAGUCUUUGCUAUUAUAGGGGAUGAAGGUGGGUUGGAGGACCGGAAAAACCCGUGGGCAACACUUUUCGAUGUAGAAGAUCCAAGAACUAAGGUCCCCCAAUGUAAAGGCAAGUUUUUGGACGUCAAUCAAGCUUUAGAAGUGGCUAGAUUGGAUAUACAAUACUGCGAUUGGAAGGCACGACAAGACGUUCUUUCAAUUAUGCUAUUGCACGAAAAGGUUGUGGAAGUAUUAAACCCUCUUGCCCGUGAAUAUAAAUCAGUUGGAACUCUCAUGAAGGACCUUGCUGAGUUGCAAGAGGAUCUAGCACAAGCUCACAAACAGGUACAUAUAUCAGAAGCAAGGGUGUCGACUGCCUUGGACAAGCUAGCAUACAUGGAAACGUUGGUUAAUGAUAAGCUAUUGCAAGACAGAAACACAACAGAAUCUAACUUAUUGUCCCCUAUCCCAAGUACCUUGACAGAGUCUCUUGAUACUGCCAAGAACAGGCAGCCUAGAAGGAGCCUCAAUGUGUCCGGUCCUGUCCAGUCUUAUGAUGCCCAUUUGAAGAAUUUUUGGUUCCCUGUUGCUUUCUCAGAAGACUUGAAGGAUGACGCCAUGAUUCCAAUAGAUUGCUUUGAGGAGCCGUGGGUUAUCUUUCGUGGGAAGGAUGGGAAACCCGGGUGUGUUCAGAAUACUUGCGCUCACAGGGCCUGCCCACUUCACCUGGGUUCAGUAAACGAGGGUCGGAUCCAGUGUCCUUAUCAUGGAUGGGAAUACUCAACUGAUGGAAAAUGUAAGAAAAUGCCAUCUACAAAAUUUCUUAAUGUUAAGAUAAAAGCCUUACCGUGCUUUGAACAAGAUGGAAUGAUAUGGAUAUGGCCUGGCAGUGAUCCUCCAACUGCCAACCUUCCUUCUCUAUUGCCACCCUCAGGUUUUCAAAUACAUGCUGAGAUCGUGAUGGAACUUCCUGUUGAACACGGACUACUUUUGGACAACCUUCUGGAUCUUGCGCACGCCCCUUUUACUCACACUUCGACCUUUGCUAAAGGGUGGAGUGUACCCAGCUUGGUAAAAUUUUUGACACCUGAAUCUGGGCUGCAAGGAUACUGGGAUCCCUAUCCUAUAGAUAUGGAAUUCCGGCCACCUUGUAUGGUAUUGUCGACCAUUGGAAUUUCGAAACCCGGGAAAUUAGAAGGGCAGAGUACUAGAGAAUGUUCGACACAUCUUCAUCAGCUUCAUGUUUGCUUACCUUCAUCAAGAAACAAGACGAGGUUACUGUACAGAAUGUCACUCGACUUUGCUCCAAUAUUAAAGCAUGUUCCUUUCAUGCAAUACCUGUGGAGACAUUUUGCAGAGCAGGUUUUGAAUGAGGAUCUACGGCUUGUACUCGGGCAACAAGAACGCAUGAUCAACGGAGCAAAUGUAUGGAACUGUCCUGUAUCCUAUGAUAAACUUGGAGUAAGAUACAGACUAUGGAGGGAUACAAUCGAGCGAGGAUCAAAUUCUGUGCUUGCUCGUCCAAGAUAUUACCAACCGGAGUUUCUGGAUAUUGAGCUGAGGUAA